AUGCGGUCUCCCGCGUGGCAGGAGCUGCUCCGUCGGGCCGAGGCGCUGGCCCGGGGCGGGAAGCUGCCUGAGGCGCUGCGGCUCUACCAGCUGGCCUCCCGGCACCGGCAGCUGCGGGCCGAGCAGCUGGGCGAGCUGGUGGCGUGCCUGGCGCGCAGCGUGCGCGGCGCGGAGGGCGGCGGCGGCGGCGGGCCGCCCGGGCGGGGCUGGGGGGUCUUCGGGUGCCGCAAGUGCCAGGCCUUCCUCCACGAGCCGGUCUCGCUGCUCUGCGGCCACACGUUUUGCAAGCGCUGCCUGGAGCGGGGCCGGCCGCGGGCGGCGGCGUGCGGCUUGUGCCGGGAGGAGGAGGGCGGCGGCGGCGGGGCGCGGCGGCUGCGGGUCAACGUCCUCCUGAGCAGCUUGCUGGCCAAGUGGUGCCCUCGGCAGGUCAAGGCGUCGCAGCUCCGCCACGACGGGAACCGCUUGUACAAGAGGAAGAAGCUGCACGCCGCCCUGCAGAAGUACAACGAAGCCGUGAGCUUAGCCCCCAAUGAUCAUUUGUUAUAUAGCAACCGGUCCCAGAUUAAUUCUACUUUGAACUGUUGCGAAGAAGCGUUGCAUGAUGCAGAAAUGGCCUGCAGACUCCAGCCGUACUGGUUGAAGGGUCACUUACGGAAAGGGCAAGCCUUAGCUAACCUUGGGAAGACCGAAGAAGCUUUACACGAAUUCUUGUUUUGCCUUGCUGUGGAUGUCGGGAAUAGAACAGCCAAAUCGGAGGCUCAGCGGGCCAAUGUGGAGCAGAACAAGAGUCUCACAGAGGAGCGGAAAGAGGUAGACUGUGGUGGUUUGGGGAAAUCUGCCCCGGUGACAGAGAGCGAAAAAGACGUUGCGGGUGAUGAGGACAGGUCUGCCUCAGUGCCAGAGUCUGCCCUUCUUAUUUCUGAGAAAUGCCAACUUUUAAAGAGGAAGCGUUACUCUGAAGAGCCGCCAGAUGCCAACGUGCCUAGCAAAAUUGUGAAAAGGGACCUAAAUGAUGAAAACGGAUCCAGAGCUGGGAACUGUGUUCUCUUUGAAUGUGUAGACCCUUCUGACCUGGAGUGUUCACUGUGCAUGAGGCUCUUCUAUGAACCCAUCACCACCCCCUGUGGACACACUUUCUGCCUGAAAUGCCUUGAAAGAUGCCUCGAUCACAACCCAAAAUGCCCCCUGUGCAAGGAAGGACUCUCGGAGUGCUUGGCGAUGAGGAAGCACUGUAAGAAUGUGCUGAUGGAAGAAUUAAUCGCAAAAUACCUCCCUGAUGAACUCACAGAACGAAGAAAGCUUCACGAAGAGGAAAUUGCCGAACUUUCCAACUUGAAUAAGAACGUUCCCAUAUUUGUUUGCACAAUGGCCUACCCCACUGUCCCGUGCCCGCUGCACAUCUUUGAGCCGUGUUAUCGACUGAUGAUCCGGAGAUGCAUGGAGACAGGCACCAAGCAGUUUGGGAUGUGCAUUGGAGACCCUGUCAAAGGGUUUGCAGACUAUGGCUGUAUGCUGGAGAUCAGAAACGUGGAGUUCUUUGCCGACGGGCGCUCGGUCGUUGAUAGUAUCGGGAAGAGGAGGUUCAAAGUGAUACAGCACAGCCAACGUGAUGGAUACAACACAGCUGAUAUUGAGUACAUUGAAGAUCACACCGUGCAAGGAGAAGAAUAUGCUGAGCUGAUUGUCCUCCAUGAUUCUGUGUACGACCAGGCCUACAUGUGGUUUAAUUCUCUCAAGCCGGCCCUCAAGAGUCGUAUCCUCAAUCAUUUCGGUCCGAUGCCUGCUAAGGAUUUGGAGCUCCAGGCCAACCCCAACGGCCCUGCCUGGUGCUGGUGGAUCCUCGCGGUCCUACCCCUGGAGAGCAGAGCUCAGCUCCCCUUCCUUGCCAUGACGUCCCUGAAAGAACGCUUGGACGCUAUCCAGCGAAUCCUGACCUUCAUGUCCCGCGCAAGAUCCCGCUGAGGCCACACGGAGUCCUGUGAAUCCUCUUGCAAUACU